CCGCGGCCAGGAGGGGCUAUGGCGGCGGCCAGGCUCUGCUCCCUGCCCGGGCGGGCUCUGUACUGGCACAUUCUGGGGCCAGUGAGGCAGCGGCGUGGCUACCGCGGGGACUCCCCGAAGGACUCGGGCAAGGACGUGCUGGAGAUCCCUCUGCCCCCCUGGCAGGAGCGUCCCAACGAGCCUCUGGAGACCAAGAGAGCCAGGCUGCUGUAUGAGAGCCGCAAAAGGGGCAUGCUGGAGAACUGCAUCCUGCUCAGCCUCUUUGCAAAGGAGAACCUGAGCAAGAUGAGCGAGCAGCAGCUGAACCUCUACGACCGCCUCAUCAACGAGCCCAGCAACGACUGGGACAUCUACUACUGGGCCACAGAAGCCAAGCCCACCCCAGCUGAGUUUGAGAACGAUGUGAUGGCCAUGCUGAGGGACUUUGCCAAGAACAAGAAGAGGGAGCAGAGGCUGAGGCAGCCAGACCUGGAGUACCUCUUUGAGCCACCCCGCUGACAGAAGAGCCUCCUUCACCCUCCCCAUCCCCUGGAGCAGAGGAGAGAAACACAGAGCCCUGUGGGAAUGCUGCUGCUGCUGCUGCUCCUCUCCUCCUCCUCCUCCUCUUCCUCCAGCAGCAGCUUUUGGACUCUCAGGAUGUGCUGAA